AUGCCCAUCAGCCCGGCAUGGUUACUCCCGACCAACAUCCAAGCAGAGCUACCGGCACAGGCCCGCCAGACUUUGCCUGGCCAUGUAUUUGCAAUCAACGGAACGAUCACGUCUCUGAUGUGCUUCCAUCUCGCGCUCAAUUCGCUCAAGCAGCACUAUGACCUCGAACAAUGGAGUGCGCCGGACUCGCAACUCGAUCAUGAUGAUCAUCCGACCCAGCAUGCCAAGUUGCCUGCGCGAAUCCUCAUCGUCUUUCCUGAUCGCGCCGAUAUACAUGUCAACCUCGUCAAAGAGAACGAAUCUUGGCUCAGUGAGGAAGGCGGCAAGGGCCAUCUGCGCAGAUUGCUACGCCGUAUCGAGCUCAGGUUUUGCCCGACGGCUACGCACUAUCGCUUCUUCCUUUCCUCACUCGUGCUAGCACACACUGGCAAAGCGAACGCUGUCCCUCCUGGCCUCGUGCAAAUCAUUCUCUGCAACCCUUCGGCCUAUCUCGACGACCCCGAGAUCACUUCAGCUUCGGCGUAUGGUGCCCUCGUCGCGCUUGCCGUCAACUGUGUAGCCCAGCUCUCGACGCCAGAUCAACAAGUCGACCUAGCGAUUCUCGACACACAAGCUCACACGCUCGACCUACCUGUCGUCGCGCCUGCCCUCAGCUCAAAAAUACCCGCAAAUUCACCGACACCGAGCGGAAAUCGGACCAGAGAACCGCGCUUGCCUGCUGGGAACAUCUCGGACCAUUUCGCGGAUUGGAGCGUGAGCAUCACCGGAGAUCCGGUUGCUCAGCCCAGCACGACGCCAGUCGCCGAUGGUCAGGACGGCAGUCAUCUCGCUGGCACCUACACAAUCAGCGCGAAAGCUUGCUCGGCUUCCGCUAAGCAUGCAGAUCGCAUGACAUCCUGGCGUUUUCGACUCGUAUCGGACGACAGCGAGCUUGGAUUUGGCUGGCGCAACCGACUCCGCUUCAUCAAAGAAUGA